AUGUCUAAACCUGGAGUGUACCUGGGUGCAUAUGCUGCUGGGUCUGAUGAACCUAGCCCAGACGGCCUCACUUCCACCUCCUUGCUGGACCUCCUGCUGCCCACUGGCCUGGAGCCACUGGACUCAGAGGAGCCCAGUGAGGCCAUGGGACUAGGAGCUGGCCUUGGAGCCCCUGGCUCCGGCUUCCCUAGUGAAGACAGUGAGGAGUCCCGGAUUCUGCAGCCACCACAGUACUUCUGGGAAGAGGAGGAAGAGUUGAAUGACUCAAGCCUGGACUUAGGACCUACUGCAGACUAUGUUUUUCCCGACUUAACCGAGAAGGCAGGUCCCAUAGAAGACACAAGCCAGGCUCAAGAGGUGCCAAGCCCCCCUUCUGCCUUACCCAAGAUGAAUCUGGUUGAGCCACCCUGGCAUAUAACUCCUGAAGAGGAGGAAGAAGAAGAAGAGGAGGAGGAGAGGGAAAAAGAAGAGGUAGAGAAGGAAGAGGUAGAGGAAGAAGAGGAGCUGCUGCCUGUGAAUGGAUCCCAAGAAGAAGCCAAAACUCAGGUCCAUGACUUUUCUCCCACCAGCAGUAGCCAGACUUCAGGGUCCACCAAACAUAGGCAAGAAGAUUUUGGGGACCAGGCCUCGUCAGGUGUGGAGGUGGAGAGCAGCAUGGAGCCAAACUUGUCACCAUUCUCAAUCACCCCAAGUACAGCAACCCUGGGGGAUCAGGACUUUACUGGCCUGGAGGCAGGGGCCACAGUGCUGCCAGCUGCAGGGUUUGGGGCAGAGUUUGAGGCUCCACAGGAAGUGGGUAAGGAGGCCACUGUGGGAGCAGCUGGAUUGGCUGGCAAACAAGGAGAGGUGCCGUCCUUGGCAUCUUUUCCACAAUCAGAAGCUCCAAGUGAAGCUGAGAUUCCCGGAGAAGAUCACCUUCACCACAGAACCUCGGCCCCUUUCUCACUGGCCCCCCAAGAGAUGGACCUGACACCUUCCUCUGCUACCUUGGGGCAAGAAGACUUCAACCAGCAGCCCCAGGAAGGGCAGGCAGCUGAAGCUCAAUCUAGAAUACCUUGGGAUUCUACUCAGGUGAUCUGCAAAGACUGGAGCAACCUGGCUGGGAAAAACUACAUCAUUCUGAACAUGACAGAGAAUAUAGACUGUGAGGUGUUCCGGCAACACCGAGGGCUGCAGCUCCUGGCCCUGGUAGAGGAGGUGCUGCCCCGACAUGGCAGUGGCCGCCAUGGAGAUUGGCACAUCUCCCUGAGCAAGCCCAGUGAGAAGGAACAGCACCUGCUAAUGACCUUGGUGGGCGAGCAGGGGGUGGUGCCCACUCAAGAUGUCCUUUCCAUACUGGGUGACAUCCGCAGGAGCCUGGUGGAGAUCGGCAUCCAGAACUAUUCUACCACGAGCAGCUGCCAGGCACGGCCCAGCCAGGUACGCAGUGACUACGGGACACUCUUUGUGGUGUUGGUCGUCAUUGGUGCCAUAUGUGUCAUCAUCAUUGUGCUGGGCCUGCUCUACAACUGCUGGCAGCGCCGGCUACCUAAACUCAAGCACGUGUCGCAUGGUGAGGAGCUGCGUUUCGUUGAGAACGGCUGCCACGACAACCCCACGCUGGACGUGGCCAGCGACAGCCAGUCGGAGAUGCAAGAGAAGCAACCCAGCCUGAACGGCGGCGGGGCCAUCAACGGCCCCGGGGGCUGGAGCACUCUCAUGGGGGGCAAGCGGGACCCCGAGGACUCGGACAUUUUCGAGGAAGACACGCACCUGUGAGGCGUUUCGCCCCGACGCAG